AUGGCUGAUCGUGGAGCAACCCGUGGCGGAUUCGCAUCUCGUGGAGGAGACCGUGGUGGUGACCGUGGCCGCGGUGGCCGUGGUCGCGGCCGUGGUCGCCGUGGUCCCAAGAACGAGGAGAAGGAGUGGCAGCCCGUCACCAAGCUCGGUCGUCUCGUCAAGGCCGGCAAGAUCAAGUCCAUGGAGGAGAUCUACCUUCACUCCCUGCCCAUCAAGGAGUACCAGAUUGUCGACUUCUUCCUCCCCACCCUCAAGGACGAGGUCAUGAAGCCCGUCCAGAAGCAGACCCGUGCCGGUCAGCGUACCCGCUUCAAGGCCGUCGUUGUCAUCGGUGACUCUGCUGGCCACGUCGGUCUCGGUAUCAAGACCUCCAAGGAAGUCGCUACCGCCAUCCGCGCCGCCAUCAUCAUUGCCAAGCUCGCUGUUGUCCCCAUCCGCCGUGGUUACUGGGGCUCCAACCUUGGUGAGCCUCACUCCAUCCCCGUCAAGGAGAGUGGCAAGUGCGGUUCCGUCACUGUCAGACGUCUGUUGCAGCUUGCCGGUGUCUCGGACGCCUACUCCGCCUCGUCCGGUUCCACCAAGACCCUCGAGAACACCCUCAAGGCCACUUUCGUUGCCAUCACCAACACCUACGGUUUCCUCACCCCCAACCUCUGGAAGGAGACCAAGCUCAUCCGCUCUCCUCUCGACGAGUACGCCGAUGUCCUCCGCCAGGGCAAGCGCUACUAA